UUCGCUCCCCUCACUCCGCCCGGCUGGCUGCAUUCUGCACACCGCGUUUAACGGAUAACAUAGCGAGAAAGAGAGGGCACAUAGGCGAACAAAACCACAGGAGCGGAUCUGCACCUGAACUGUAUGGACUGUGGAUUUAAGGAGAGGAAAAGACGGACAAGUUCAAGCCGUCACUGCUGCGACAGGGAGCCGCUCCAGACUGCUGUCUAGUGAACAAGUGUGUCAGGGUGACCAGACAAACCAGGCUGGUGUGGGGCGGUUGGCCUGUUACCAAGGUCAGAGGUCAGUGAAGGCAGUGGUACCAGAGGGUGGAGAUGAUGUCCAUGCAAAUGAGUGAGGCGGACAGUGUGGUGAAGGUGGCAGAAUGGCAGGAAACCUACUACGCCUCAGACUCUGGAAUCCAAUCAGCAGCCACCACAGUCCUGGACGAUGAGAGCAGCACUGACUACAGCGGUCGUAAGAAGUACACUGGUACAACAACCAGUAUUAACACUGCUCCUGCUACUGCCACCACUGGAAGAGGAGGAGACACAGCAGCUGGGGGACUCGAGAGUCCCACGGAUUUAGAAGCUCAGUACUCACUAACACGGGCUCAGCGCGUCAGGGCUGCCAUGUUCCCAGAGACCCUGGUGGAGGGGGAGGCAGCCAUGCCCGCCCAAUCAGAUCCUUCACAACAGAGCAACGUGCAACGUCUGGCUGAACCCUCCCAGCUGCUAAAGACGGCGAUAGUCCACCUGAUAAACUACCAGGACGAUGCAGAGCUGGCCACCAGGGCAGUACCGGAGCUCACCAAGCUGCUGGCGGACGAAGAUCCGGUUGUGGUGAAUAAGGCGGCCAUGAUAGUCAACCAGCUGACCCGUAAGGAAGCCAGUCGUCGGGUGCUGGUGCAGUCUCCGGCCAUGGUGGGCGCCGUGGUACGCGCCAUGACGACGGCAGUUGACAUGGAGACAGCCCGUUGCGCGGCCAGCGUGCUGCACAGCCUAUCCCACCAGAGGGAGGGACUGCUGGCCAUAUUCAAGUCUGGAGGAAUACCAGCACUGAUCCGCAUGCUGAGCUCACCGGUAGAAUCAGUCUUGUUUUAUGCCAUCACCACCCUCCACAACCUGCUGCUGCACCAAGAGGGGGCCAAGAUGGCGGUGCGUCUUGCUGAUGGCCUGCAGAGGAUAGUGCCCUUACUGAAAAAGAGUAACCCCAAGUUCCUAGCCAUCACUACUGACUGCCUGCAGCUGCUGUCCUAUGGAAACCAGGAGAGUAAGCUGAUCAUCCUAGCCAAUGGGGGCCCAGAGGGUCUGGUGUUCAUCACGAGGAACUACAACUAUGAGAAGUUGCUGUGGACCACCAGUCGCGUUCUCAAAGUGCUGUCUGUCUGUCCCAGCAACAAGCCAGCAAUAGUAGAGGCUGGUGGGAUGCAGGCUUUGGGCCAACAUCUCACAGGUUCCAGUCAGCGUCUGAUCCAGAACUGUCUGUGGACGCUGCGCAAUCUAUCUGAUGCUGCAACCAAACAGGAGGGUUUAGACGGGCUGCUGCAGAUAUUGGUUACCCAGCUGGGCUCAGAUGACGUCAACAUGUUGACAUGCGCAACUGGCAUCCUGUCCAACCUCACCUGUAAUAACUCACGCAACAAGACACUGGUGACUCAGUAUGGUGGCGUUGAGGCGUUGAUCCACGCUGUACUUCGUGCCGGGGAAAAGGAGGAUGUUGCUGAGCCGGCAGUCUGUGCCCUGCGUCACCUCACCUCUCGCCACCAGGACGCCGAGCUGGCUCAGAAUGCUGUGCGGCUGCACUACGGUAUCCCAGCUGUCGUGAAGUUGCUGGGGCAACCGCACUACUGGCCUGUUGUAAAGGCAACAGUUGGUCUUAUCCGGAACCUGGCGUUGUGCCCGGCCAAUCAGGCGCCACUGAGGGAGGCAGGUGCUAUUCCACGAUUGGUCAACCUGCUGCUGAAGGCUCACCAGGACACACAGAGACAUGCCUCCUCAGCACAGCAGACAUACCAGGAUGGUGUUCGUAUGGAGGAAAUAGUAGAGGGCUGCGCAGGAGCGCUUCACAUUCUGGCCAGAGACCCCAUGAGCAGAGGAGAGAUUGCCAGCAUGCAGACCAUACCACUGUUUGUACAGCUGCUGUACUCUUAUGUGGAGAACGUGAAGCGAGUAUCGGCGGGUGUCCUGUGUGAGCUGGCCCUCGACAAACAGUCUGCAGAGCUCAUUGACGCAGAGGGAGCAUCAGCACCGCUCAUGGAGCUCCUGCACUCCAACAACGAAGGAAUUGCCACAUAUGCUGCAGCAGUGCUGUUCCGAAUUUCAGAGGAUAAGAGUUCAGACUACAGGAAGAGAGUAUCAGUGGAGCUCACACACUCGCUCUUCAAACAUGACCCUGUCGCCUGGGAAAUGGCCCAUACUGCAAUUCCUUUGGAGCCAACAUACCUAUGUGAUGAGUUAGAUGGCUCUUACCCUGCCUAUGGCUACACAGAUCUGCCUCUGGACAGCCUGCCACUAGAUCCUGAGCUCCACGAGCCCUACAUCCCCGACAUGACCUACGACCCAAGACAGGCCUACCAGGACCCACUCUAACAGGAGAAUAAAACAGACAUGGUGAAAGAAAUCGAGAGAAUGAGCAAAUCACGGGCAGAAAGACUGGAGGGAUGGAUGGAGGAAGAAGGAGAUUGGAGUUUUUAAUCACAAAGUGAAUCAGCCCUUUCCAAAAGGUGGAAAAAAAAUCCCAUUUGUCAAUCAUGAACUAUCAAAAGAGGUUGCUUAUUAAAAAGAGGUUUAUUGUUUCUGUAAAUGAAAUAUGUAACUUUAUUAUAAUGUUUUACUGUGGGGUGGAAGUGGGGGGGUGUCUGAAGUUUUGAGGCAUUGUUACACGGGUAACCUUUUGAAGCAAUCAAAUUAGGCAAUUAUUCAUUACAGUUUGUGAUGCGCAGGACAAGCAGGAGGGGCUUUACCAAACUAAACUGAUAAUCCUGAAGUGUUUCAGCAUUUCAUCUAUAAAGACAUUACUAGUUAGAGAGAAUUUGAAUUUGAUGAAAUGUUACAACACCAUCGUUAAAGUGUGACGUAAGUACGGCAAUGCCUGUUGUGAUAAACAGGUUUUUGCCCACAUGUGGAUACCUCAUGUUUAAUUUUUUACUGAAAUCACAGAAACAUUCACUAUGAAAACUAUUAACAACUCAGAUCUUUGCUUUCAAAACACAUAUCAUUUAAAAGUAAUAGAUUUAGUCCCUGAUGGGCAUUAAUGCCAAUCACCAUUGCUACCAAAUGCUACCCGUGUAUCCAAGCCUCUAGCUGCUGUCUUUUAGAUGUCUCCUCUGUGUAUUUGAACAGUGCACAUGUCCCAGGGUGUCCAUGUGUGGUUGUUGCAUGGUAGUAUUGUGUACUCAUUUAAAUAUUCUUCACCUUUACAUACUGAAAAAAAUAGACAUCUGGGUUUUACAAGCCCAUUUGGAUUACUCCAGCCAUUUGGAAAACCUCAGUGAGGAACUGGUCUACAAAUCCCACCAUACCCCAGCCUCACUUUCACCGGGAGGAAAUUCUGUUCAAAUGUCCACAGGAAAUUGACUACAAAUCAAUUUGGCAUCUUUGGCAUCAGACUACACAUCCCGUCAUUUUCCAGUUGGAAUCUUCAGUUGAAAUAGACUCAGCUCUCUGACCCGCUUGUACACACCUUUGUGGGUGCCAUGAGUACACUGCAGAGUAAAUAUACAAUGGUACUUGCACCAUGUACACAUACAGUAAUGACACAUUACUUUUGUACGAGGGUAGGUGGAUCAUAGACAUGUGUUGAUAACUGUAUGACACUGUCAAUAUAUAACAAAAUAAUACUUGCUGCUGCUCACAGCAUGUAUUAAAGAUCCAGUCUCUGAUUGGUGUGCAGCACCUUUUUCUACCUAACCAUCACAUCAUAAUACAGUCUACAAGGUCUACAUAUGUGGACAUUGUGGACAGUUGGGGCACAAAAUGCUCUGGGCGCCAGGGGCAACUGGGCUUGUACAGUACAAGGCUGCUGUUUUUGGCUGCAAUCCCAACAACAGCAGCCUUAGCCUGAAAUGUUAAGAAAGCACAAUUACAAUGACUUAUCAAUUGCUGAAGCAAUCUACCACAACUAUACUGUUCCUGAAUCUGAACAUCAUUAAAUUUUAUUAUUUUCAA